AUGGGUCGUGUCAGGACUAAGACCGUCAAGAAAGCGGCAAAAAUUAUCAUUGAAAAAUAUUACACAAGAUUGACUCUUGAUUUUGACACAAACAAAAGGAUAUGCGAGGAAAUUGCUAUUAUCCCGACGAAACCUCUUCGUAAUAAAAUUGCUGGGUUUGCCACCCAUUUGAUGAGACGUCUAAGACACUCACAAGUACGAGGCAUUUCAAUUAAGCUACAAGAAGAAGAGCGUGAGAGACGUGAUAACUAUGUACCAGAAGUUUCUGCCCUUGAGCAUGAUAUCAUUGAAGUGGAUCCUGACACUAAGGAGAUGUUGAAGAUGCUUGAUUUCAACAAUAUCAAUGGCCUUCAACUGACUCAGCCUGCAACUCAAGGAGGCUAUGGUGGCAGACGCCUGCACAGUUUCUGGCAAUACCGAGCAGGACGCGCCUUGCAUCCUGCAAGCUCCGCCCACCGCUUGCAGUCCGCCGCGCAGGUU